AUGGCCCUCGCGGGGAAGUCCCGGGCAAAGGCGAAGCCAAAAUGCACAACUCGAGAUCGGAAAAAUGGGAAGUGGCAGAAAGAAAUGGAUUUUGUGCCUGGCGAUGCUGUUUAUUUGGUGGGUUUGGAAGCAUUUGCCGAGCUCAACGGCCAACAGGGGACGCUUUUGUCCUAUGAUGUGCAGCGGAAGAGAUGGCAAGUGGACCUGAAUGGCAUCGGAGUGAAGAAUGUGCUGCAUUCCAACUUGAGGAAACUGUCUGCCCCGGCCAAGCCGGCUAAGCCGGCAAAACCGGCCAAGCCGGGCAAGUCGCAACCAACCCCGAAGCCUCAAGCAACUCCCCAGCGGGGUGCUGAAGUGGAAAAACGCCAACUUCGUCAAAGCACGGAUCAGGUUGCGCCGAAGCGUGCCUGUGUAUCCAAGGAUGGCGAAGAAACUUCCAAAAGGGCAAAGGCACAAGAUGGCCACGACAGAUCUGUUGAGGCGGCAGUCUCCAAGGUGAGUGGUUCGUCCUCUUCCAGGUCCAAGUCUGACGCCGAUGCCACGAAAGCUCCAAGCACCCAGCAAGAGAGCCCACCUGAAGGUAAAAUUCCUGGAGAUCUGGAGGAGGAAGACGACGAUGACUUGGUGUUUGACGCAGAUGAAUUGGAAGGGGAGGAAGAGGUCUCAGAUUUCUCAGAGGAAGAAGCCGUGGAUGACGAUGAAGAUGAUGAGCAGUUUGACUGGGAACCCGUCGAAGCCCUGCAGAUGCCCCAGGUCUGGUCUGAAGAGGGGCCGAGUCCCGGAGAAGAGGCCUUUGCUUGCUAUGCCUCCAGCUGCCUAGACAAAGCAGCUUUGGGCAGCCCCACGAGUCCUUUUGCUGGGUUGCAAAUGCGGUUGCACCAGGAAUCUGCCGCAUUCUUAUUGCACCCAGAGAGUCCGACCAAGCGGCUUCUGGUUGAUCACGCUACAGGAACUGGCAAGACUCUCAUCAUGCUCCGGAUGCUGGACAAUUACUUUGAUGAUCCGCGACCGAAGGUUGCCAUUUUUCCAAAAGACGCCGUGUGCGACAACUUCUACCAGGAGCUCUUGAAAUGGCCAACAAGGUGGCGACAUUUCUUCUGCUUUUUGAAGCCUUCAGAGGCCUCCCUUGCCAGCGGAGCAAAAGACUGGCGUAGGAAGAAGUGGGAUGUCUGGGACAUCAACAAUGAGAGAUCUCGAGCAGAGGCCAAAGCGAGAGGAGUUCGAUUGGAGAAGAUCAUCAGCGAACUUACUGAGAGUAUCCGACAGGCCCUGGAGAUGAAACAUGCGAUUCACGGCGGCAAGGUUAGGGCAAAAUUCGCCCGCACAUUUCUGGAGGAGCAUCCAGACGCACCUAUGCCAAGAUCACCGCUGCGUGCCUUCCGUUACACUACAGCCGGCGGGGGAGCAGCUGUGCUUGGAAGGGAUGGAUGGCCCAAGAGUCCUAUUCUAAAAGUUGGCUUUGAUCCAGCAGAGCUCAACCCAUACUCUGGCAAGGUCGUCAUCAUGGACGAAUGCCACAAUCUUGUAAGGCCCACACAGGUUUACGAGGAACAGCUUGGCCAUCUUCGACAUCUUCUCCAUGAAUCUACGCGGACUGUUCUGGCUGGCUUCACUGGGACACCGGUGGGAAAUGAUGCUGCGGAAGGUCGUCAGCUUUUGGAUAUCAUCAAGGGCAAAGUCUCUGCUAACUCUGGCGACGAAGGCUUUGUCUCCUGCUUCCAUGCACGUGACAACGCGGACUUUCCACGAGAGGUGCCAGUGCGAGGAAUUCCAGAUGGUGUGCUGCACGACUCCAUGCUGCCGGAGCUUGUGAGGAUGCAUUCCUUGCAUGGUGAGGCUUUGAAACGCUACUUGAUGAAGGAGGUUGAGUAUAUGAUCACGCCUCGUUUGAUGCGACUCCCAGAGGAGAAGCGCCUUGCAAGACUUUCGAACUAUUGCAAUUUGCAUGUCUUUCACGGUUCCUACACCGGCGCAAAAAGGACAGCCUUGUUGGCCAAUGUCAAGGACUUUGCACCAAAGUUCUAUGGCGUUGCCAAAUCGAUUGCAAAAAACAAAGAAAAGGCAGUUGUAAUGCUGUCGCGUCAAACUGGGUACAAGGCAUUGCUGGAGAUUCUUCAAAAGACCGGGAAGAAACGUGGCUUCAAAGUAGCCACCUUGAAGGAGCUGAGUGACUUCAACGAUGGCAAAAGAAACCUUCGCGGCGAGCGAUUUCGGGUCAUGGUGGCUGAAACUUCUCAGGCAGGGGAAGGCAUUCAGUUCAAGCACGUGCGCCGUCUUCACUUGGUGGAGGUGCCAGCGAGGCACUCAGAGCUGGUGCAACGUGCUUCACGAUGUGUUCGCAUGGGUGGCCAUGAGGGUUUGCCACCACAAGAACGUGAACUUGCCAUUGAGGUUCACCUCACGCAGCUGCCCAGUUUUUUGCGGAAGGGACCAAGCUCCUUCAUCUAUCGAGAGCUCCUGAAUGCAAAGGAGGUGAUGUCUAUUCCUGGCUCAAAACUGGAGGAAGCGACUACCGCAUGCAUCAAGGAGCUGAAGAAACGUGAGGUGAAGACCUUGCUGGACUUUCGAAGAGUGCUCCAGGCUGAUGGAGGCAAGAAUAUCAUCGAACUGCUGACAGAGACCGUCUUGGAGAUCCUGGGCAAUACCAAUGCUGCACCUGCCCGACCACUUGCAGUGUCUAUGUGGCAACUCCGCAAACGAGAUGACGACUUGGUGGCGCUGGAGAAGAACUUGCUGAAACAGGCAACAGUCAAGACCGCUGACCAUCUUCUGCUGGAGAGGCUUGUGGACAAGAGCUCUGAACUUCUUGGACCAUUGGAGGCCAUGCGUUUGAGAGCAAUUGACCGAGACCUUUUGGCCGCGUUGGGUGAUCCACCCAAGGCCGAUCAAGCGUUCAACUUGUGCAAAGCGGUGUAA